AUGGAUAUUCCAUCAACUGAAUUGCCAAAAUCAUCCAUACCUUAUACCAAAGGUUGGAAAUUCACUGUUAACUCACAUAUUCCUCCUCGGCCAACAUUAGUGACAAAGAAUUGUUGCCGCAACUUCGAAGUUGGUAGGAAUGAAAGGAGUCAAUUUAGCCCAGCUCAACGGUGCCUGCGGAAUCCUCCUUUACUUGGGGAGCAGGGCUCACAUAUUCUGAACUUGGAGGUCCUUGAAUUAUUGAAGGUCGGCGAUGGCUGCAACGCGCAGGUCUUUACCGUUCGCGUGGACAACCCAGAAUGUACCGAAUCGAACGCAAACCUGGUGGCUAAAAUAUACGACCCCCUUUACUUUGACGAUGAAGAGGGAUACCUUAAUCCUUUUCUCUGCGUGGACAAGCAUUACACCCAUGAAGUUCAUGCGUAUGGAGUGCUUUCUGAUCUGCAAGGAGUUCUCGUCCCUAGGUUCUAUGGGUCUUACUCUUUAGAUCUGCUGGUCGAGGAUUCAGCAAAGCGCACUGUUCGGCUGAUCCUGAUCGAAUAUUUACCAGGGAUAUCAAUGCAACAGGCCAUACCUAAGGACUUUCCUCAACGCACUCGCCAGCAAAUCAUGAAAUCGGUAAUUGAGUUUGAAAGCGAAGUUUACAAGCGAGAUAUAUUGCUGACGGACCUGCACCCUCGGAAUGUUAUGAUGGUUGAUCAGGGUCAACGAAAGCUUGUGUUUUAUGACUUCGCUGGUGCUCUCUUUGGCCGCAGGAGAGAUGAUCCAAUUGCUGUCGAGUUUAACCUGUUCCUGGGUCAGUAUAUUUCACCUCUUCUACGGUGGGAUACAACCAUGGCGAUGGAAUUUGGUGAGUGGAUUGAUUGGGAUUGGGAUUCUUGGGUCAAAGAGGAGUUUGCCCAUACCUCUGCAAAUAUUACACAGGAAAUGCGGGAAAUGUACUGUUGA